UUCAAAUUGUGUCUUGUUUUCUUCUGUCACAGUCUUCCAGGCAGAAUGAUGUUGUUUGCCUCACUUGUCACACUGUGCAUAAGUGCAGUAUUUGCUGCUCCAACACUAGACCUGCAGUUAGAUGACCACUGGCACCUAUGGAAGAGCUGGCAUGGAAAAAGCUAUCAUGAGAAAGAAGAGGGCUGGAGGAGAAUGGUUUGGGAGAAGAACUUGAGAAAAAUUGAGCUACACAACCUUGAGCACUCAGUGGGCAAACACACCUUCAGACUGGGAAUGAACCAAUUUGGUGACAUGUCAAAUGAGGAGUUCAGACAGGCAAUGAAUGGUUAUAAUCGUGACCCCAAUCGGAAGUUGAAGGGCUCAUUGUUCAUAGAGCCCAGCUUUUUUACAGCCCCUCAACAAAUUGACUGGAGGCAGAAGGGCUACGUUACUUCUAUCAAAGACCAGAAACGGUGUGGAUCUUGCUGGGCUUUCAGCUCAACAGGUGCCUUGGAGGGUCAAGUCUUCCGGAAAACUGGAAAGCUGGUUUCCCUGAGUGAGCAAAACUUGAUGGACUGUUCCAGACCGCAGGGCAAUAAUGGUUGUGAUGGAGGCCUCAUGGACCAGGCCUUUCAGUAUGUUCAAGACAACAACGGGCUGGACUCUGAGGAGUCAUACCCUUAUCUUGCAACAGAUGAUCAGCCAUGCCAUUAUGACCCCCGUUAUAGUGCUGCAAAUGACACCGGUUUUGUUGACAUCCCCAGUGGUAAAGAGCAUGCUCUUAUGAAGGCUGUUGCUGCUGUGGGUCCUGUUGCUGUUGCUAUUGAUGCAGGACAUGAAUCCUUCCAGUUCUAUCAGUCUGGCAUCUAUUACGAGAAGGCAUGUAGCACUGAAGAACUUGAUCAUGGAGUCUUGGUGGUUGGUUAUGGUUAUGAGGGUGCUGAUGUUGCUGGAAGGAGAUAUUGGAUUGUGAAGAACAGCUGGACUGACAGAUGGGGUGACAAAGGCUACAUCUACAUGGCUAAAGACCUAAAGAAUCACUGUGGCAUUGCGACAGCAGCCAGCUACCCCCUAAUGUAAAGCAAUUAGAGCCUUCUCUGCAUUCUGGAAAUGAAGUUUAUUUUAUUUUAAUGUGGAUUUGUGUUCAAUUUUAUCAAUGUUUUG